AUGCGUCUCAACACCCUCCCGACCGUCCUCUUCGCCGGCACUGCAGCUGCUCUCGCCGCGGUUGAGCCCGAAUGCGCCAAAAACGCCAUCUACGACUGCUUCACCCACUCUCUCUCCGCCGCAUCCUCAUUUUGCACAGCUCACGUCCUCACCGAUGAGAUCUCUGCCCUGACCAAGACCAGCACGGUCAUCAUCACGCCGACUGUGACCAUCAGAGAAUGGAUCGCUGAGGAAACUGAAACGGUAUGGACGACGGUGACAACCCAUGAUGAAGGUGAACAGAAGAAAAGUGUCGGCGUCGAAGAUGUCUUCCUCCACAAGAGAAGAAGGAAGGCCAAGCGGGCGUGUCGUACCCGUCCUCCUUCGUGUCUAGCUUCCCUCACUGUUGACAGCGAUAGCGCGGAGGAAUUCACCCAAGCCUGCACCUGCAUCGGCCUCACGCCCACAACCCCCACUGCUGUGGUCAUCACCAUCACCGAGACCGCUGCGCCCACAGAUGUCACCGUCACAGCAACCACUACCGACACAGUCACAUCGAUGACAACAACAGCCACUGUCAACCCCAAGCGCACGGAUAACCCCAACCUGGACUUCGAAGAGAACUGGUUCCGCUUCUGGACGGUGAACACUGGCGACACUUUUUUAACCAAGAAGGCGAGCACGGCGCCAGACGGCGGCAAUGAGAUGGCCGUGGCAAAGGUGAAGACCAUGCCGCCCCAUUACCAGACGGGGAUGGUCAGUUUGCGGUAUGGAUAUUACUGCAUACCCGGUCAAGUAUACCGCCUUCUGGCCUCCUACUCCUUGCAGCCCACUCUCCCUGAAAACGCCUCGCAUACAGACCCCGGCAUCCUCAUGAGCAUCACAACCGACAGCGGCGCGACACUUCUCAUCUGGCAAACAGGCGACGAGAUUCCCGAGGGAUGGCAGCGGGUCAGCACGCUGUUCGCUUGCUCACACGAUGAGUCGGAGAAUGAGAUUCAUGUGUAUAUUGAGGUGAAGCCAAAUGGCGGGGAGAUAGAAGUGUGGUUGGAUAAUUUUGAGAUUGUGCCUGUUUAUGGGGGAUUGAGCUUGACUCGAUGA